CUCCUCAAGUAAGUGCAUCUCUCACCGGUCCGUGACAUGUGACUGUCAGCUACCGACUCGGGUGUUUUCUUUGCAGUAGUACAACCUGCCCAAUAUCGUUGAAUUUGUCACCCGCGCGAACUACAAAAGUACUUAUUUCCGUGUAAGUUCUAUGGUGUGACAUUGCAAUUCGCUGAAUAUGGGUAAAAAAUCGCUGAACAAGCCAACCAGCAGUCAGCGGACCACUGCCAAAAAGGACUACAACUCGUUCAAAGUCGUUUUGUUUUACUGUUUACUCAUCAUAAUUUUGCCCGUUAUAACCUUUUUUACGGUUAAAAAUGCAAUAUGUGAUAGUCUCCUAAAUAUGAAUCCAAUCUCCUCGAACAUUAGUUCGGCGAUGUGUGCAGUGAUUGCAUUGCAUGUUGCUCUCGGGAUAUACAUUUAUCGCGCCUAUUUCGCGGCGGAAGACAGUGCGGACGAUCAAGCGGAUGUGGACAAGAAGCAGGACUAAAACUUGUAACAUUUAAAGUCAUUAUAGAUUAAGGGUUAGUUUCGGUUUACACGUAGGUAAAUAAUUUGCAAAAUGAUAUAAUAAAGUCGUUUUUAUGUCGAUUGUAUGAAACUUUCAUAAAACGAAUGUGUUUGUCAUUAAA